AUGGCCAAGGUAACCAACCCUGGGUACGUCGUUUUCAACAUCGCUACUGCCGGAGUGUUCAACGCUAUCUACAAGUCGUUCAAGAUGGUCAAGACAGGCCUCAUGUGUACCUUUAACAUGUUUAACAUCGCUGAAGGCAUCUCGCGUUACAUGCGGUUCAGACAGAUCUACACCCCGAACGGGACCAAGGAGGAGCUUCUGGCUGCGGUGUAUCAGACAGAUAUGUUCCUCGUGGACCUCCCUGUCGCUAUCACUGCGUGUUUGGGCUACCCAGUCCCACACUACGCGUAUUUGACCGACGCCAUGGUGACAGCUGCGGAGACUUUUGUGAAGCAACUGAUGAUCAACCACAACUUGAUCAUGAGCUCCGUCGACUCGUUUAUGCGGUUCUUCAAGAACUCGACGUUAGGCAACUCGACCCGAGACCUUGACGCUGAGGGCGCGGCAAACCUUACAACUAUGCUUGACUCGGGUUCAAGAUGUGGAUUUGAACUCAAGAGAGUCACAGACCGCGUGAUUGUCAAAGUGGGAGACAUUCGUGAAGCCAACCCAUCAGCAACAAACGAGGACAUUCGCACCGAGAUGAGCCAGUCGUCGAUCGUACUCAACGACGUUCCACAAGUGACCAACAACUGCAUGGUGGACCUGCUCAAGACGAAGAAGCCGUACGCUGCGUAUCAAACGCGCGAUAUAUUGAGGAAAACCUUUGGCGUGAUCAUUGACCAACUCAUCGAUACGUCGACGACGGACCUGGGCGUGGCCAAGUCAAAGGAGGAAUACUGGAUCUCAACUGCUAAUCUUGGCCUCCUCGGUCUCUCCGCUAUGGAUCCCACGGGUAUCGCCUAUACGAUGUUCAAUUAUGUGCAACCUGUGUGCGGUCCAACCGAGUUCAUCGGCGAGAUUGAUGACGGAUCUGCUACUGAUGCACUUGGUCUGACGACUGUGGACGACGCGUUCCGUGGCAGUAACGGCACUUGGACGAAGAAAGGUGACGGCAUGGUGGUACUGACGUUUGUCAGCACUGACAACAAGGACGUGGAUGUUAUUAUCCACUCUGGCGGCAAGAAGUUUGCUUCUGUCAUAGUUUGCAGCGGACGGACUGUGACCUGGACGUCGACAGUGAAGCAGAUGCAGGAGAAGACCAUGUACUUGGACCGCUGGCGUCCGGGCUUUCUAAAUCUUCCUGGGUCUGGUGGUGGCUCUCUUCUGCUAUGGGUGCCGAGGUCGUCCGAAGGUGGUCACCUCGAAAUGAUCGUCAAAAUCAACAAAAGUUAG